CAAGUAUUUGUGGACGCACAGCCUAUCCCAAGCUCCUAUACAAAUUUGGGGUGGGAUGGUGUUGUAAGGUUAUUUAUAUAGUACAUAUGUCUUUUAAAAUUGCAGAUGGCCCCGCUUCAGACAGCUGAACAGUCACAAGGGAAGUGAAUUCUGAGCAAACAUGUGGAUCUAUCUGGUACCGGCAGUCAUCCUGUAUUUUGUAAUACGGUUCUACCGGGAAAGACAGACUGUGGAGAACUUAGGGGAGAAAUAUGUCUUCAUCACUGGUUGCGAUUCUGGCUUUGGGAACCAGGUGGCCAAGCAAUUGGAUAUCCAGGGCCUGCGGGUCUUGGCAGCUUGCCUCACCCAGGAAGGGGCAGAAGAACUGGAGAGACUGACAUCCGACCGGCUAAAAACCACCAUCUUGGAUGUCACCAGCACAGAGAGCGUGAAGGCAGCAAGCGAGUGGGUGAAAGGAAUCGUGGGGAACAAAGGGCUCUGGGGUUUAGUGAACAAUGCCGGCAUUCUUCGUACUACAUGCCCCAACGAGUGGCUGACCAAGGAAGACUUUGAGAAAGUGCUGAACGUCAACCUCCUCGGGCUGAUUGAUGUGACUCUGCAAAUGUUGCCCCUGUUGAGGAAGGCCAAGGGAAGGGUGGUCAACGUGGCCAGCAUCCUAGGUCGGCUCUCUUUCUAUGGAGGAGGCUACUGCCCUUCUAAGUAUGGGGUGGAGGCUUUUUCAGACUCCCUCAGGCGUGAGCUCAGCCCAUUUGGAGUCAAAGUAUCUGUAAUAGAGCCAGGGUACUUCAAGACACCCAUGACCAAUGUCCAAGAUACCCUUAACUAUUUGGAGAAUCACUGGAUCAGUGUCACACAAGAAAUCAAAGACAGCUAUGGCCAGACCUACUUCACCAAUCUUUACAAGUUACUUAGAGAAGAUCUGACAUCUCGGUGCAAUACAAACCUCUUCCUGGUCACGGAUUGCAUGGAGCACGCCUUGACCUCUAAGCAUCCUCGAACACGCUAUUCUGCGGGCUGGGAUGCCCAGUUCUUCUUCAUUCCUCUCUCUUAUUUACCCACAGCCUUGAUGGAUUUGAUCUUGACCUGGUCUAGCCCAAAACCAGCUCACGCCAUAUGAGGUGGAGUGGAAAGUGCCAGGGGCUACUUUUUUAAAGGGUGGAAUUGCGGACUAGGGUUUCCCCUUCUUGUGCUAGACACCAAACAUUUAAAUAUGUGGAGUUUCAGUUUUGUGGAUUUGAUUAUUCACAGAUUUAAUUAAUAUGUUCUCUCUAGGAAUCUGUAGGUUCUCCAGUGUGAGCCUAUGGUCACCUUCUGCCAUAGAGAUGCUCUGGAGGACUUAGAGAUUCUUGGAGAACACUUCUUUAGGCAUUUGUAUAUCCUCCAGCUGGGUUCUGUGGCCAAUUUGGCACAUAGCUUAGAAAACUCCUCCCAACCCGUGCCUUGUCCUUCAUUAUUCUUGCCUGUCUUUUUUUACUGGAAGAAUUGCUCAACUUAAAGAUACCAGUCGUUCUCAUGAGAGCCCACUGUUUUGUGGCUUUGUCGCUGAGGAAAUUUGCACUUGCACAGUGAAUUAAUUCCUGAUUUUCUGAGCACACAAGAUUGGUAUAUGCACACACACAUGAAUAUAUAUAUAUAUAUAGAAUAAUAAAAGAUGCAUUUUGCCAUUC